AAUAUAACCGUUACAUGAAAUAUCCCUCCCGUCCAAACACACCCUUAACCGAAGACGCUUGCGACCGGCUGAGAGAGCAUCUUCCCCGUCCUGUACCAGAUACCACCCCGCCUGCCUGGCCUGCCCAUCUUUGAACACUCCGAGUCUCCGACCACAACACUACAUACCCAGUCAAGAGAGAGAAAUUUGUCUUUUAGAGAGAGAUUUGAAAAGAUCUGUAGAUGGCGUCGAGUUCAUCGAUGAACAAGAUGGAAUUACCUGUAUCAGAUCCCUCAAAAGGAGGAGGAGGAGACGAGAGGCUCUUCAAAGGAUCUGGAAUGACUAAGCGAGGUGCUUACGCCGCCAUAUCUUACAUGUCUUGCGCUGUGCUGUUGGUUUUGUUCAACAAAGCAGCUCUUUCUUCAUAUAGCUUCCCAAGUGCCAAUGUCAUCACUCUCCUCCAGAUGAUAUGCUCAUGUGCUUUUCUUUUUGCAUUAAGACGCUGGAAGCUUAUCUCCUUCGGCGGGGGUGAAUCCUUGAGUAUCAGUGACAAGUCCACAACAUUUGUUCCAUUGAAGACAUUGAUCCAUACCCUACCCCUUGCAGUGACUUAUUUGCUUUAUAUGCUAGCUACCAUGGAGUCUGUCCGCGGAGUAAACGUACCCAUGUACACCACCCUCAGGAGGACAACCGUGGUAUUCGCAAUGGUUGUUGAGGCUGUCUUGGCAGGGCAGAAGUACACGUCUUCUGUUGUUGGAAGUGUGGCAUUGAUCGUUCUUGGUGCAUUUAUUGCGGGAGCUCGAGACUUAUCAUUUGAUUCCUAUGGCUAUGCUGUUGUUUUCUUAGCCAACAUUACUACUGCAAUAUAUCUGGCAACCAUAGCCCGCAUAGGUAAAUCUAGCGGCCUCAAUAGCUUUGGACUUAUGUGGUGCAAUGGAAUAAUAUGCGGGCCGUUUUUACUGUUCUGGACAUUUAUCAGGGGUGACUUGGAGUUGACAUUGAAUUUUCCAUAUUUGUUUUCACCUGGGUUUCUGGUUGUGUUGCUUCUAUCCUGCAUACUGGCCUUCUUCUUGAAUUAUAGUAUAUUCCUGAACACAACUCUCAAUUCAGCACUCACGCAGACCAUUUGUGGCAACUUGAAGGAUCUUUUCACCAUUGGACUUGGCUGGAUGUUGUUCGGUGGGCUUCCAUUUGACUUUUUGAAUGUUUUGGGGCAGUUGCUUGGUUUUAUUGGUUCGGGCUUGUAUGCAUACUAUAAGCUCAUAGGGAAGUAACUGCUAAGGCUGCUUCAUUAGGAAUCCACAGUUUUUGAUUUGAUGGUCACGGCUUUUUGGAAGGAGAUAUACUGGGUAUAAGCACUCUACUUACGAAGAAGUUUGAGCCUAAUUGAUUCGGGGAAUCGUCAUGCUUUUGUUGUGGAAAGAUGGGGGGCUGGAGGCACAGUAGGCAUUUUAGACAUAUUUUUCUAUUCUCUUUGCUUUACAUGUUAGAUUGAUAUUCUCAUGCUAUGGUUGGAAAUCGACUUUGGGAAUACAUACGAGAAAUAUAGCCAAUUGACUGGAAAUUUGUAGCA